AUCAGAAUUUGAGGGAUCAUCACCAUCAUCAUCAGGGAUCAAGCACGCUUUGUGCUUGCUCGCGGAUGAGAGGCGGAUCUAGCGAGGCUAGCGUGCCAAGCCUGCGGUGUUUGGAGGCAGUGUGGCCGGGCAGUGUACUCCUUCUUCUGCGUCAUCUCACCGCUGACUCUGCUUCUUCUCGCCGACCAUCAUGGCGACUCCCGCCGCCGUUAACCCGUCGGAGAUGGGCAAUGAGCUGCCUGGGACUGUAGCAAUGCCUGGGGCAGUUGGGUCCGGCCCGGUAAGAAUGGGAGGUGCUGUGCCAGGCCGAGGAGGCAAGAGAAGAUCAGGAGGAAUGGACUUUGAUGACGAGGACGGAGAGGGACCAAGCAAAUUUUCAAGAGAAAACCACAGUGAGAUUGAACGACGCCGACGCAAUAAAAUGACACAGUACAUCACAGAACUGUCAGACAUGGUCCCUACCUGCAGUGCACUGGCCCGUAAACCUGACAAGUUAACCAUUCUGCGCAUGGCCGUCUCUCACAUGAAAUCAAUGCGGGGCACUGGAAACACGUCUACUGAUGGAGCUUAUAAACCCUCCUUUCUCACUGAACAGGAAUUGAAGCAUUUGAUCCUGGAAGCUGCGGAUGGUUUCCUGUUUGUUGUGGCUGCAGAGACGGGACGCGUGAUAUAUGUUUCUGAUUCGGUGACACCUGUGUUGAACCAUCCCCAGGCUGAGUGGUUUGGUAGUACCCUCUAUGAACAGGUCCACCCAGAUGAUGUGGACAAGCUAAGGGAACAGCUCAGUACUUCUGAAAACUCCAUGACAGGGCGGAUUCUCGACCUAAAGACAGGAACCGUGAAAAAGGAGGGGCAGCAGUCCUCCAUGAGAAUGUGCAUGGGCUCCCGGCGCUCCUUCAUUUGUCGCAUGAGGUGCGGAAGUGCUCCUCUGGAUCACAUCUCACUAAACCGUCUGUCCAAUAUGAGGAAGAGAUACAGAAACGGCCUUGGACCGUCGAAAGAAGGAGAGGCUCAGUACUCUGUGGUUCAUUGCACUGGCUAUAUCAAAGCAUGGCCCCCUGCAGGUAUGACAGUUCCAGAUGAAGACACAGAAUCAGGGCAGACUGGAAAGUACUGCCUCGUGGCAAUUGGAAGACUGCAGGUUACAAGCUCUCCAGUCUCCAUGGACAUGAAUGGUCUCUCUGUACCCACAGAGUUCUUAUCACGCCACAAUUCAGAUGGUGUUGUCACAUUUGUCGACCCACGAUGCAUAAACGUCAUUGGCUAUCAGCCUCAGGACCUGUUGGGGAAAGAUAUUCUGGAGUUUUGUCAUCCUGAGGACCAGAGUCACCUUAGAGAAAGUUUUCAACAGGUGGUGAAGUUAAAGGGUCAAGUUCUGUCCGUUAUGUACCGUUUCCGCAUGAAAAAUAGGGAGUGGAUGCUGAUCCGAACCAGCAGUUUUACCUUCCAGAACCCCUACUCUGAUGAAAUUGAAUAUAUUAUCUGCACCAACACAAAUGUCAAACAGCUUCAGCAGCAGCAGGCAGAAUUAGAGGUUCACCAGAGAGAUGGACUGACUGCCUACGAUCUUUCCCAGGUUCCUGUGCCCAAUGUGAGCAGUGGUGUGCUUGAGGCAGGGAAGAACAUUGAAAAGCCAGAAGCUCUUUUCUCUCAGGAGAGAGACCCACGCUUUGCUGAGAUGUACACCAACAUCUCUGGCUCGGGAGACAAGAAGAUGAUGGUUCCUUCCUCUACAGCAGGAGGACAGCAGCUCUACUCUCAGAGCUCUCCAUUCCAGCAGGGACACACUGGCAAGAGCUUUAGUUCCUCUGUGAUCCAUGUCCCAGGUGUAAACGACAUUCAACCAUCAAGUUCAUCCAAUCAGAACCUUGCUCAAAUCUCGAGACAACUUAACCCAGGACAAGUGUCUUGGUCAGGCAACCGACCCCCCUUCUCUGGUCAGUCCAGUAAGGCCCAGUCCAGUCCGUUUGGUAUCGGUACGGGUCAUAGCUACCAGACCGAUGCAGCUUCGUACAGUCCACUCUCAUCCCCAGCCACCUCCUCUCCAAGCGGCAACGCCUACUCAGGACUGACAAACCGCAGCACAGCUUUUGACGUGUCAGCAGAGAGCAGCCAGACAGGAGCUCAGUUUCAGGGUCGACCCAGUGAAGUCUGGUCACAGUGGCAGAACCAACACCACUCCCAACAGGCUGGGGAGCAGCAUACACACCCUAAUCCCACCCAGACUGAAGUCUUCCAGGACAUGUUACCUAUGGCUGGAGAUCCCACCCAAGGAACUGCCAACUACAACAUUGAGGACUUUGCUGACCUUGGCAUGUUCCCACCCUUCUCUGAGUAAAAGUCACUCUUUGUCCUCACUGGAGGAAGUGAACUUAUGUUGGCAUCAAUCUAUUGUGUGGCGUUUUCAUUGGAUUGACGGCUUCAACUCAUAAAGCAUGCACACAAAUAUUCAGUGCACACUUUUGGAGCGUCUGCAGUACAUCAACAUACCUCAUCACUGAAUGACGAAUCAGAUGGAAGCUACCUCAGUCAACGUGCAACACUUUGUCCGCUAAUCCAUGCACACUGGAUGUGUCUCAAAUGGAGAACUUGCAUCAGUUCACUUCAAUAAGUAUACUGUGUAGAGUACACUCUGUAUACUAAAAUAAUCUCUAAUUUACUGUCAAUGUGCACUUACCAGAAAUUAUGAUCUCAACAUUUACAGUCAUCUUCUUCUGUCCUUUUCAACCGUGAAUUGCAACCACUCAAUUUAGUUCCUCCCCUUUCGCUACGUAGUCAAAAAGGCGACCAUUGAGGGAGGUAUGUGUCUUUCCCUGCACACUAUGUACUCAAAAGACUUAAGUGUAAGUACACAGGUGUAGGUGUAACAUGGUUACCUACUGAAAAGACUAAGCAUAAGUAGUAAGUACACAAGUGUAAGACUGUUAUAUACAAAAAAAAGUAAGUGUACAUGUACAAAUGUAACACUCUUAUGUACUCAAAAGACUUAAACGUACUACGCAAGUGUAGCACACUUAUGUACUCAAAAGACUGAGAUAAUCCACAAACGCUAAGUGUAACUCUGUAAGUGUAACAAAAAACUAAAUGUAAGUACGCAAAUGCAACACACUUAUGUAGUAAAAACACUAAGUGUAAGUACGCAAAUGUAACACACUCAUAUAAUCAAUAUACUAAGGGCCUGAUCCAUGCAAACGUGCAAAUUUGAUAGUACCAAAAAAAGCUGAUAUACUACGCCUGUGUGCAAAGGAUUGCAUCCCUUAAUUGAGCAAAUAAAGUAACGCAAUCCAUAGUGCGUGUUUGUUUUCAUGAAUACGCAAAAUAUGUGCUAAUUAACCCACAAUACUGGGAGGAGAAGAAUAUAAAAUAUAAUCAUUCAGCACACGCAAUGAGAUUUAUCAAAACUACAACUGUUCUGCGGACGCUAUAUUCAUAUUUAUUUAGCAAAUUGGCAUCAUGGCACACAUGGCUGUGAGAAAAGAGGGAAUUGCGCUGCAAAUACAGCUGAACAGCCCGAGAAUCCUCUGUAAGAUGUGUAUUUGGCAACACAUUUGGACUUUCAGAAAACAAAUAUUAGAAAUACCUUCUAUUCAACAAUAUAAUUUUAUUUUACCCAGGGAGCUACUUAAAACUAAUCCAAUUGAUGAAUGUUGGUGUCUGCUGGCAUUUGUUAUAGUUACUCUCGUUUUUUUCACCAAGGAUAUACCGUUUUUUUCGGAGUAUAAGUCGCUCCGAACUAUAAGUCGCACCUGCCGAAAAUGCAUUAUAAAGAAGGAAAAAAACAUAUUUAAGUCGCAUUUUUGGGGAAAUUUAGUUGAUAAAACCCAACACCAAGAAUAGACAUUUGAAAGGCAAUUUAAAAUAAAUAAAGAAUAGUGAACAACAGGCUGAAUAAGUGUACGUUAUAUGACGCAUAAAUAACCAACUUAGAAGGUGCCCCGUAUGUGUACAUAACAUAUUAUGGUAAGAGUCAUUUAAAUAACUAUAACAUAUAGAACAUGCUAUAUGUUUACCAAACAAUCUGUCACUCCUAAUUGCUAAAUCCGAUGAAAUCUAAUACGUCUAGUCUCUUACGUGAAUGAGCGAAAUAAUAUUAUUUGAUAUUUUACGGUAAUGUGUUAAUAAUUUCACACAUAAGUCGCUACUGAGUAUAAGUCGCACCCCCAGCCAAUCUAUGGAAAAAACUGUGACUUAUAGUCCAAAAAAUACGGUAUAUACCAUUAUAUCAGUGAUGGUAAAUGUGAUUCUUUUUACUGACUCAGGUACCUGUGGGUCAGCUACCAAAGUGAAUCCAUUCACUUGAUUCACUCAUCACAAAACGCAUGCGCUAAAGCUUGCACAUGGUUAAUGCACACUAAGGCUCACAUCCACUCGAUUCACUCAGCACAGAGCGCAUGUGUAGAGCGUUGCACAGGAUUAGCGACUGUACAAGUCUCGCCGUCAUCUGUGAACCGUCACAGGGCGCAUGCUUUGGGACUCACACAUAUGUAACAAGUCAUCCCAUUUAAUGACACCCACAAAGGUUAAUGCUGCUCAGCUUUAGCGGUAACAGCAUUGAUUCAACAAUUGUGAAACCAACGAAAUAUAAGUUCACUUAAACUUGAUAAACUGCAGCCUUUAUUCACAAAUGUCACACAGUAUAUCCACAGUCGCAACAAUUAACAACGUUGUAGUUUUUGCCAACCACUCUUGUCUCUCUCUCUGCCUGCAGGCUUCCUUAUGCAACUACUAAUUAUAUUAUAGCAAUUUGAAUGAGACCAAAAUAACAGCAUUGUGGGAUAAGUAAAAGUCUAUCAUAUGUGACGGCAGAAGUGGUGCAACAGCACCUGUUGCUGGUUAAAAAGUAGUACCGGUAUAUACAAAACAUAUACAUACUCAGUGGCCUAGUGGUUAGAUUGUCCGCCCUGAGAUCGGUAGGUUGGGAGUUCAAACCCCAGCCGAGUCAUACCAAAGUCUAUAAAAAAAAAUUGGACCCAUUGCCUUCCUGCUUGGCACUCAGCAUCAAGGGUUGGAAUUGGGGGUUAAAUGACCAUAAAUGAUUCCUGGGUGUGGCACUGCUGCUGCCCACUGCUCCCAUCACUUCCCAGGGGGUGAUCAAGGGGAUGGGUCAAAUGCAGAGGACAAAUCUCACCACACCUAGUGUGUGUGUGACAAUCAUUGGUACUUUAACUUAAAUGCUCACAACUGUUUAAGCUUUUUGAGCGCUAUUCUGGUAACCAAACUGGACGCACCAUCAUUGAAUGUGCACUAUGUGUUAUGGAACACUGCAAUAAGGACAUCUAUUUUCAAUUUGCUUAAAAAAAACUCAGUAAAAAAGAAAACGAAUAAUAGUGCGACAUUAUAAUAAUAUUUAACAGUGCAAAAUAAAAUAAAAUAUCUUACCAUAACAUAGAGGACAACAGGCUAGCGUUGACACAAAUUCAGUUUUGAAUUAUUCCUUCCUGACUCGUUGGCGUUAAUGGCCCCGCCACCAAUGACCAGUGAUUGAGUGUCAGUGAAUCAUCCUUCAUGAUUGUUCAGUGACGAACAAUCAUUCACUGGGACCCAUCGUUCACUUUGUAGUUCUUUCACUCGGUCUCUGUGAUUCAGUGAGUCGUUGUCAAGAACCCGAGCUGUAACACAGGGAGUGAUUCAGAGAGUUGAUUUGAGGCAAAAAACUAAUUUGUUUCUGUUUCUUUUGGGCUAAAGCAUUUAUAAAAGCACAGUUAGACUGACAGUGGCAUACAUAUUUAUAUGUUACAUGGUUUAUUCUCUCGAAUCACUGACUGAGUUAAUGGCGAAGACAACACGUGAGUGCUGAUUCAGUAAAUAACAACUUGCAGGUUUUGAACCAUUUGUUCAUGACUCGUACAUCACUAUAUUAUAAUAUAUCCCAUAUAUGAAAAAACUAUACGUUUUCUUGCGUUUGGAUCUUUUCAAAGGCAUGAAUGCACUGCAGUGUUUUGAUAGUCCACCGCCUACCUACAGCGCGCUAAAAAUAGUUUUGGUUGUCUAUGGAUUGUGAUUCUAUAUUGCAGAAAAUGUGUCACACAUGAUAGUUGUGUGCUGUUUGUUCAACAAUGUACACAGAUUGAAGUGCAUAAUAACAUAAAUGUAGAGGGAAAUUAGUGUUUCCAUGGGCACGUAAUGCUGGUAGUACAUGCAAAAAUAUCUUUUGAAUAAAGCGGUCUGUGCUGCUUUUGCACUUGUUAUCAAUUGUUCACGCAGUCGUACAAUUAUCCGCAACACGCCCACCAAUUGUACUCGCAAUUUUAUCAAUUGCACUCGCUGUUUAGCGCGUGUUAUUUGGAUCUUAGAAGAUCAGGCCCAGUGUGUAAGUACCCAAGUGUAAAAUACUAAGUGUAGCCCCCUUAUGUACUCAAAAGACUUAAGUUUAAGUACACAAAUGCACCAAUUGAGACACAUCCAUUGCCGUACACUUGAGACUAGCUCAGUUUUAACCAAGGAUGUUAGUCAACUCAUCUUACAUCCACACUUUCAUCUCCUCAGAUGGAAAACACUAUUUUUACAUGGCUGUGUAAAACUAGUACACUAAUGAAAACACUAAUUUCUAUUAGCAAACAUUUGCCGUCUCUUCUCAGCACAAACAUGACAAUAGUUGUAAUUAACCUUUUUUUAAAAAUUUCUUUACCGAUGAAUGCUGUAUUUUUCCAUGACAUGUUAGAAUUGUUUUGUCUUAUAGCAGAGUUGUGGCCCGCAACUCAUUUUGAAAUUAUUCCUCUGCAUAUAAAAUGAAAACACUGCUUUACAAUACAUAACCUGCAUCAUUUUGUUACAAAACAAAAUACAAUAAUGGCAUUCCAGUUUAAUUGAUUUAAAAUUGAAAACAAUAUCCAAAUGAUUUAAACAAAUUUAAGAAAGGAAAAACAUGUCUGUUACUUAACUAUAAAAUGUAUAUUAAUUCGGAAUUUUAUUAAAAUUGAGUAUUGAAAAACCUUGACUUUCAGCCCUGUAAAAAGUUGUAUUUGUAAAAUCAUCAGGAAUAACAGUUUCAAACAGAAAUGUACAAUUUUUUGGGAAUAUUUUAAUUUGUAAAAAUAACAUAAAGAAUAAUUUUUGAAAUUGUUGAUUAUAACUGUAGUUUAAUAUAUAUGUUUCAUUUUAAAAGUUAAAAUGUUUUAUUUGAAGGAAGGACAUCUCUCAUCUGGGUCAUAUUAAGUAGAGACUCAUAUUUUAAUGAUGAUGACUGCUAAUAUUAAAAAAUCAUAAUUUUAACUGACUUGAUUGAAAAAGCAUCGUUCUAUUCCAGUUGUGUAAAUCGUGAAAAAGAUCAACAAUCUCCUCUGCUCGCUGCUUUUUAGCUGAUCUUUGUGCCAGUCUUGUCCUGAAAACUGUCAGCGCUCAUUUGAAAACAGAAAGAAAGUUGCAGGAUAAAGUGUAAUGGCAGCGUUGAACAAGUUCACCUCCAUCUGCCUCACGCAGCACUAAGCUGCUCCUCAUCAUCACCUCUUCAACCUUACUGCAUAGACAAAGAUUGUGUAGAAAUUCAACAUAUAGAAGGAAAAGGUUAGAGUAAAGUGUACUUGAUGACUGCUAACCAUCCUGUUUUUCAAAGGGAAAACUACGAUACCGGCUUAAGUCGUGUAUUUGCUCUUGUACAUCUACUUCAUUUACUACAUUUUCAUAACUGUAGGGUACCGGCUUUUACACACACACACAAAUCAGUGUUUGCGCUUAAGAGCUCAGAUUUUUGUAAAUAAAUAUGAUUUUCAUGUCUUAUGAAUUGUGUUAUGUGUAAUAAUAUUGUGUGCAAUGUGAGUAAAUAACUGUUGGUAUUUAGUUAGUUGUUAAAUCUACUUUGACUGAAUUGUGUUAUUUUUGUGUAACAUGUGAAUGGUGACAAUAAAUUCUUAUUGGUCA